AUGGGAAAGAAGGACAGAUCAGAAAAACUUUCCAAGAAGGAAAAGAUGUCAACUGCGACCCUUCCUGAAAAGAAAAUUGACCCCUCAUUGGCUUCUCUCUUUGAGUCGAGCUUUGGUGCUGUAAAGGCUCCCAUAAAGCCUGCCCGUAUUCUACCCGAGGAAAGUAAAGAGCAGGGGCACAAUGAUGAGGAAAAUGCUGUCGAUGCCGAUGCCGAACUUUCGGAGGUUGAUGAAGAGAUUGCCGAUCUCGAAGAUACCGAGGAUCCUACCGACCCAAUCCCGGAAGUAGCCAAAGUAACAAUAACAGAUAAGAAACGGAAGCGGAAACGGAAGGAAGAGAACGGGGAACUCGAGGACACCUACCUCCGAAAGCUCCAGGACGAAGAAGAUGCAGCAGAAGAAGAGAGGAGAGGGAAGAGGAAUAAACAGCUUGCAAAGAAGGCCGGGAUCACUGUUCCAGAGAGUGAGAAGGAUAGUUCAGAGGACGAAAACGAUAAGAAAGAAGAGUCAGAGUUCCAAGUUAAGCACGAAACUCUGAGAGAUGAAAAGCAAAUCGAGAUCGAUAAAGCUGUCAGGACUGUCUUCCUUGGAAACGUCCCCUCUACAGUGGUUUCCUCAAAACCCGAAUACAAACUCCUCAAAUCCCACUUUACCGCUGGCGCUGGCCCUAUCGAGAGCGUCCGCUUCCGCUCCAUCGCCUUCUCUGAACAAAUUCCCCGAAAGGCCGCAUUUAUCACCCACAAGUUCCACGAGAAGCAACAAACUUUGAACGCCUACAUCGUCUUUAAAACCGCCGCUGCAGCUCGUGAAGCCUUAAAACUCAACGGCGUUGUUCUCCUUGACCGCCACAUCCGUGUCGACUCCGUUGCACACCCGGCACCUCAAGAUGCCAAACGAUGUGUUUUCGUUGGAAACUUGGAUUUCGAGGCACAGGAGGAAAGUCUUUGGAAGCAUUUCUCCACCGCGGGGAAGGUCGAGAGUGUACGCAUUGUUAGGGAUGCCAAAACAAACGUUGGAAAGGGAUUUGCCUAUGUUCAGUUUGAGGACGUAAUGGCUGUCGAUGAGGCCCUUCUGCUCCAUGAAAAGCGCAUGCCUAAUGAUCGUAAACUUCGCGUCACACGCGCUAGAACUAUCAAACGAAACGCAAAAAGGUCAACUGAAAAUGACCGUGAUCGCCGCCCUGACCCUACUUCUCAUAGACCAAGAGACAACAUAAAGGGAUCUAUUUACCAACCUAAAGUCGAUCCCCGUAAGCGGGACCAGCUCAACCGUGCAAGCAAAAUUCUUGGACGUGCGGCAGCGGCACAGCUCAAGAGUCAAGGUGACGUUUUUGAGGGGUUGAGAGCUACGGCCAAUACAGAUAGUGGGAUUAAGAAGGGGGGGAGUGGGAAGAAGGCGGGUAAGCCGAGAGCUAGAGCGGUUGCGAGAUCACAGGCGUGGAAGGCAAAGAAUGCGAAGUAG